CUUCGGUCAGUAUUGUUUGAUAUCUGAGUGGGUAUGGACAUUCUUCAAUGUCCUUGCGGAUUCACAAACUCCGCCCAUAAUUAAGAAAAUCCAGCCCAGUAGGUCCCUUUGUGUGAAAAACAAUUUUGAACAGGAAAGUGAACGGAAAUGUUGUGUUCACUUUCAAAAAAUAAAAAUCUUAUAUUGCAGUUAGUCUAGAGAGAAAUUGCCCCUGCACUCAAAAUGAAUUUUGCGGCACGCAUGUUUCAUAGAUUGUUAACUAGAAAGGGAAUUUCUUGAGUAAUACUAAAUCACCGCUAAAACCUUGUUUCUCCCUCCUUCACACGUAAUCUGUGGCUUGCAAAUCCAGAUAGGUUUUUGUGUGCAAUACUGCAUCAAUUGAUUUGAUUAUCUUUCGUGGAAAGAGUUAAACGCAUAGCGACAUUAGGGGUGGUGGGGAGAAUGAGGAGGCAGGUGGAGAAAGUGUGGCUUUCCAUUUUGAGGGAUGAGAAAGAUAGAAUGUGGAGUUGUGGAAGAGUGUAGCACUUGAAUAUUCAAGCGAAUUGUAAUUUCCUCAAUUAUGUAUUAACAAUACGUUUUAUGUAUUCCUCUGAGCAUUCAUUAUUCAUACGUAAUUAUUGAUACAUGAACUGUAUUGUGGCUAGAACUAGAGUGAUGGCCAAGCAGACCAACGAAUACAUAACAUAUGCAGUAAUACAUAUUUUUAUUAUUUUUAAAAAGACACUCUAAUAAAUGUAUUACAUUACACUUUUUUCAAAUUUGAGUCUAAGGUCAUUGCAUAUGCUGGGUAUAGUAAAUAAAAAAUAAAGAUUUAUAAAAUAAAUAUUAAGAUAGAUUUUGAAUGAUCAAAAAUAGCAUGGUGACACAAUAUUGUUUCAUUUUUUAAACCCCAAUCAGUGAUUAAAAAAAAAAUAUAUAUAUAUAUGUUAUGUGACAUUUACUUUCAAUUUGACCCAAACUUAAUAGUUUUAAAGCAAUUAUUAGAUCACAGGUACUGCAUUUAGAGAUGAAUACAUGGGUGCCGGGCUCAAAGGCAUUUCUACAUAAUGCACGUCUCCCUUGCAGACAAUAUACAUAGUGAGAAGCUCAAACUUAUAGUAGGUUUGAACUUAUAGUUAUUUGCUUUGGUUUUGUUUUGAGCUCCUUAUUUUCCACAAAGGGUUUAGUUUCAGUGAUCAAGUGUCCAUACUUUUAGUAAUUAUGACCCCACUGAGUUCCCAUAUUAGUCUAUAAUAUUAUCAUUGACUCAAUAUAACCUCAUUAGGAGUCAUAUACCAUACAACACAUUAAAUGAAAGCAUUUAAUUAAGAGCAACAUCUUGUUACAUUUCAGUGAUUGUAAUUCUAGCUAGAAUGAAAACCAGCAUACAAAGGUGACCCAUGAGUUUGGGAACCCCUUGAUUAGACCACAGAAAUUGAUUUUAUGUAGGAAUACAAGAACAGUCUUUUGUUUUCCAUUACUCAUAAAUCUUAUGAAUAAAUGUAGCUAAAAUGUCAGAUCACGUACAGUGCAGUCCUUAAAUACUAUGGAACAGGAACUGAUGAUGGUGCAGAACAGACCUUUUUUCUUGCUUUGGCUCUGUACUCCACAAUUUUAGACUUGUAAUCAAACUAUUUGGAUGUGGUUAAAGUGCAUAUCCUUUUCUUAAAGGAUAGUUUUAAUACAUUUUGGCUUCACCAUAGAAAUUACAGCACUUUUUAUACAUAGUCGCCCAUUUCAGGGUACCAUAAUGUUUGGGACAAAUGGCUUCACAGGUGUUUCUCAUUAGUCAGGUGUGUUUAAUUGCUUCCUUAGUACAGGUAUUAGAGUGUUUUCAGUAUCUGGUCUUGAUUCCAUGCUUUUGAUUGCCUCUGGAGUCUGUUAAUGAGACUGACAAAUGUCAAGGAGACUGACACAUAAGAAGAAAACAAUACCAUGUUUGGUAAUAUAAUAACAAAACAGCCAUUAUGGUUUGUUUUCAUAAAUUAGUUAAGGCAUAGAGCAAUACUGUACAAGAACUGUCGAUCAGUUUCAUAAUUACAUACCAAGGUAUUUCAUUAAUUCAUUAUUCCAAUUAAUUUAUGUUCGAUAAAUGAAUGAAUUACAGUUGUAUACUGCGCAUGUACGUAUCUGGUUAAAACGUUAUUGCGGCGCAAAGGAGUCAACCUUCAAAGUGACCAUUGCGACAUUUUAAUUCUUACAACUGGAGAGUGUGCAGUAUAUGAAAUGUAUACACUGAGAAAGGUGUCAUUGUAUAUUAAAAUAAAGGCUUAUACAAUUAUGUGAUGAUCCUUGUUUAAUGUUUUUUCCGAGUCAAUUUUCCAGACAGUUAAAAGUGCCCUCGAGAUGAUGGGGUGGGGGGGACGGGACAGUUGAUGACAGGACUCGAUUAAUGAUGAUGUUUCUAAUGCAUACAUUCGGCGCAUGCGCAGUAUGACACGAGCGGACAAGGGCACAGCAAGGGAAGAGUGACAUUCCUGCAACUUAGGAAACUUUAAAUUGACUGAUACCACCAUAGACAUACAGCAUCCUUAUACACAUAACCUACUGUAAGUGCUGUGUUAUUGUUAUUAGAUUGAUUGCUAUUUUGAGUGGUUUGGCCGCCUGAAUCGGAUUGCUGUUUCUCUGGAGCUGGCUAGCUAACUAGCCACAGGUAACUAACAGCAGGUUUAGAUAGAUAGCUAAUAGCACACAAACAUACUUGACAAGCUAACUUAAGCUAGCGAUUUUGCCUAUGAGUGUUCCGGUGUGUCAAGUUUAACAGCGAGUUAAUAUACCUGAGUUGUUGACACAUAAUCGUAUGCCUGUGACAAAUUAUCACGAUAGCAGCUGCUGCGCAGAUACAGUUGGGUAAUUAGCUAACUAAUAUUAGUUAGCUAAUUUAGCUAUCUAUCUUUUACUUAUGCCUAUUGUUUUAUAUUACCUAUAUUUCUGAGUUUUAUUCAUGUGAAUCUUUUUUGUCUCUAAAGCUUAAGUGAUUCCAUGAAUUCAACAUUUUGUGUCUAGCACCUUGAGCAAGCUGUCAAACAACCGAUUGCUGUUACUCCUGUGACUGUGCGUGAGUGACUAAUUGCGUUAGUAGCUACUCGUGUUUGGUCGGUCAUGCGGUUCUUUAACUUUCUAUAGCUCUGGGGCCAGUCGAGAUGCUGUACAUUAGCUCAUCAGUAAAGGGUUGCAACGGUUGCUUUAUUAGCAGGUUGAUGUAGACGUAAUGUAGGCUAGCAAGUACGUUAAGGGAUUUAAAUGAUUACAGUUCUCCUGUAUAUCACAUGUAAAAAAAAGAAACAUUUUGUUGCUAACUACUGUACUGCUAUAUUUUUAUGUUUUCAUUAAGAUAGAAUGACAGAGCUUAUGCCGUUUCAUUGAAAACACAAUAUUACCUAAGUCAAAGUAACAAUAUAGUCAAAGCAAGUUUGUAGACAGAAAGAUGGGAAAAUCCGGGUGGGCUUUAAUUUCACCGAACAUCUUUGGAUUGCAAUCAUAGACUUAAAAUUUGUGGACCAAUCAGUGACUGGGGUUUCCCCCUGCCCCCCGCGCUGAAUGGCUGUAAGUAGAAGGGGCGCAGCGUUGUGGUUCACACGUGGGCGGAGCUUUGGCGGCAGCCCCGUUGUCCAGGGAGAGCGUUGGAAACUGCCUCAAGGAAAAUACCUGUUAAAAUCAAAUCAUGAUUUGUUUCCCAUUAGUCCUUUCCGGACCAUCAGCAACAUCUCAUCGGCCCUUGCCCCACUCAGUUGUACGUGCACUCAGACUGUCUGCCAGUCCACUGUCGACCCAUUGAUAACUCAUCGUAUCCCCAAAAUCAGACAGCCAAUUAAAGUCCCCUUUCGGGAAGAGACGGUCAGCUUGUGUGUGCUUCUGGGCCCUGGAGAUGGUGGGGGCCAGCGUACCCUCUUAGAGGUCCCUCUGUCACAGUUCACUGGGUUCAGUGAGCUCUUGCCAUCAAGACCCGCCAAGAUCAGCGAGUUUCCUUUCCCUUUAACGACUGUGGACGGAAGGAGAGAGGAUGACAUAAAUGUGAGAGGAGGAGAAAGAGGUGGCAAACGAGAGCCGACUGUGCAGGAGAAAGAGUCAUUUCGAAGCUUCUUUGAGAAGGAGAGUUGCCCCGCUCCUUUUGUGUGGGGAUCUUGCUUUUACUGCUUCCACUGUCCGGCUACACACAGCCUUUUAUGGUAUAUGGACAAGUCAAUGAGAAUAACUAGACUGGAGCCCCAGACGUCAGCCUUCUCUACACCAACGCCUGUCUCUUACUAUGCACACACAGUGACAGAAAGGGGCGAAGGAAUGGACGAGAGAGAGAGGGAGAGGGAGGAGAAACUUGCUCUGAUGCAUGAGAAGAUGAGGCAUGAGUUGCCUAGGUUCUUUUUGAAGAGUCAUGACUACAGCAUGUAUUCCCCUGAUGUUGAGUUCAUCAAUGGACUUUUAAACAUCAAGACAAGGUAUGCAAUCUCCUUAGUUUCUCACUGUAACAGGUCUUACGAUGCCUUCUCUACCUUUUACCUGGGGUCUGAUGGGCUUGUCCACUGUCACAGAGUUGAUAAGGUCAUGCCAGCCCAGCCCCCAGUUUUGCCGCGAGUAACCUCAGCACUGACCGGGGCAUUGGUGGCCCUGGGACUGCAGGAGCACAGACCUGCCCUUAAUUUACUGCCCUUCCUCUUCUUUCAGGAUAGGGCUGGGGAGAUAGUGAGGAGAGGGGCAUACUGAACCUCCUGUAGAGAUUGUGUAAGAUUGUGUGUGUGUGUGUGCGUGCGUGUGCAUGAGUGUGUGAGAGUGAGUGUGUGAGUGAGAUGAAGAGAGCCCGCUGCAUGUAUUGUUUUAAGAUGGAAGAGAACUAGGAUAUCACACAGAAAUGUGUCCAUUUAUGAUGGUGUAGGAGAGAGAUAUUAUAUAUAAUAUGAUAUAUAGAGAUGCUUUGAGAAUACAUUCUGUCCUAAUGACCCGACUACUUUAUUUCCUUCAUUCAAAAUGAAUGCAGUUCAUUAUUUUCUCUUUUGGAAUUAAUGUUUUAUAUAGCCACUCUGUUGUCUCUUACAUUGUGGCUUUUUAUUUAAAAAUUAAGAUAAAUUAUUACAAUGAAAUAUAACCCUCAAAUGAGCAAGGUCCUUCUUUACGUAUGUAUAACAUACAGGUGUAUAAGCAAUACCUAUAUAAUGUCUGUGUGUAUACUAUCUACCAUUCAUAAUUGCUUACUGAUUGAAGUUGUACAUACUGUUCAUCAGAAGAAAUACUCAGUCUUGUACCAUAAUAUUACAUGCUGUGUAAUGAAUGCAUCACUCAACAUUGUUCAGGUAUCAAACACAUCAUCUGCGUAGAGAAGCUUACAGACAGGCAAUUGAAGGUAAGCUCCAGCUAUAUGGUGAAGGAAGAAUUCAAUGGGAGCUUUAUAAACGUAGCCAGCAAUGGCCAAUGAUUGUGGUUGAUGUUUACAGACUUUAAAAGCACAAAGUUUAAAUUUAAAAAUAAGUUUCAAAUUAAAGCACAGACCUUUUCUCAUAUAGCAUUGAUAUAGUUAUUUAUAUCAGGCAAAUGAUCUAUCAAUAAAAUAAUGUGCUUCUAACUGGCAAGAUGGGAUUAUUGGACUGACAAGUCAGUUGAACUUGAAGCUGCAAUAUGGACCUUGCUGCUUAUACAGUUGUCUGAUUCAACUCUUGUGACCUGUGGUUAAACUGUAGCCUGUAACUGUAUUCAAUAAUUUGACUUCAGCUAUGGGUGUUUACUGCUCUGUGGUGAAAUGUGUUUUGUUAUACUUUAUUUAUCUAGGUGAGACCCAAUAAUAAAAAUAAUAAUGUUCA